AUGGUAGAAACUUUAUGCAAUAUAUGGUUCACUAUAGAAAUACUGGUACGAUUUACGUGUUGCCCAUCGCGGCUGGAAUAUUUGAAGGUGAGCUUAUAUCCCUGUCUACAGCAGCCUUUGAUGUUAUUCAAUAACUUCCAGGCACCGGUGAAUCUGAUCGAUAUCGUCGCUACGGUUACUUUCUAUAUAGACGUAUUGAUUAAUACAUUUGGCGCAUCAGCUGAUUUGGAAUUUUUCUCAAUUAUUCGAAUUAUGCGAUUAUUCAAGCUCACACAUCAUAACAGCGGGUUGAAAAUACUUAUGCAUACAUUUAGAGCUUCUGCCAAGGAACUCAUGUUACUCGUUUUUUUCCUCGUACUCGGUGUUGUUGUGUUCGCCUCAUUGGUCUACUAUGCAGAACGAGUGGAGCCGAAUCCGAACAACGAAUUUCAAAGUAUACCGAUAGGAUUAUGGUGGGCG